CCAAUAUUGCAGUAGGUCGGAAAGUUAGUAGAUCAGAAGUUCAGUAGGGGGGUGUUGCGUAUAGACGAUGUAACAUUGCCGCUAAAUUUCUCUCUGCUAUUUUGUAAUUUGAGGCAAAAGUCAAUAUUUAAAACAGUUCCCUUGCAUUAAUUCAUAAAUGAUUUUACUUAAAAGAUCUAUGACUCAUUGGCUUGGCUCAACCAGGGAUUUCACUCCCCCCCCCUCCCUUUCUAAUCCUCUAGUUGAAUCUGAUUUAGAAAUCAAGCUAAAGAUCUAGAUUAAUUUUAUUGUUUUCUACUAAACUAUCCCCUCCCAUUAUCACAAUGGUGGACUGUGAAUUAUUUUUAUUAUUUUGUUAUAUGACAUUGUAACCUGUUGUCCUUGCUUAGUUAAAUAAAUAAGAUUAAAUGUAAAACCUUGUAGAUUUUGCAGAGAUGAAAUAAAAACAAUGCUAAGUUUCCUUCUCCUCACCUCUCUUCUCUUCUCUGGAGUAAUUCCAGAGGAUGUGUCUGGAUACAACAAGUUGUCCUGGUUCCUCCAGAUCACUGAUAUUCACAUCAGCACCGUUCAGGACAAGUCAAGGGCGGACCAGUUCAGGUUAUUCAGCCAGGAUUAUUUAAGAAUUUAUAAUCCUGAUCUUGUUAUAUGUUCGGGAGAUUUAACAGAUGCUAAGAUAAAGGGGGGUUUAUCUUCUGCUCAAGUGGACGAGGAAUGGAAACUAUAUUAUGAUAUUGUGAGAAACAGAUCAAGAGAAGUUCCCUGGUUGGAUAUCAGGGGUAAUCAUGAUACUCUAAACGUUCUCUCUAGAAACAGUGAAAACAAUAAGUUCAGAAACUACUCAGUGAUGGGAAGACAAGGAUUUACACACUCUUACAUUCACUCAACAAGGAUACGUAACCAGCAGUACAAUUUUGUUGGGAUAGAUGCUACACUUGAAACAGGACUAAGAUAUCCGUUUAACUUUGUUGGAGAUAUCCCUGAAUCUGAACAAAACCUAAUCAGGAACUUGACGUCUAGUAUAAACGCUGAGGAUGUAACAAUAUUUUUUGGCCACUAUCUUUUCUUAUUAUUGUUGUUAUUUGUAGUUUCUGUUGGAUACUGUAUCUGA